AUGGCCAUCUUAGAAGUUCUCUUUCUGAUCAAGCUCCUUCAUUUUAUCAAUGCAGCAGCAGAUUGCUCAAUCUCCGCGUGCAGCGUCAACGAAGUCUCUGUUCGAUUCCCUUUCCACCUAGAAGGCCAGCAACCCCGAAACUGCGGUUACCCUGGUUUCAAUCUAAGUUGCAAUAAUCAGAGUAUGACAGUUCUAGGACUUCCUCAUUCCGGGGACUUUCUCGUGCGUGCCAUCAAUUAUCUCACACAACAGAUACAGCUUUACGACUCGGAUAAUUGCCUUCCCAAACGCCUUCUACAGCUCAAUCUCUCAAGUUCUCCUUUCGCUGCUGUUUUUCAUCAGAACUACACCUUUCUAAGCUGCCCAACUCAGCUCGUAAAGUAUCGCUUCGCUAUCAUCGAGUGCCUUAGUAAUUCUACAGUUUCAGUUUUAGCUACCUCUUCCACAAGCCUUGUGAAAGCAAUGUCCUCAUCAUGUGAUGUUAUUAGCGCACUGCCAAUUCCAGUUUCGUGGCCUGUCCAAUAUAAUGAAGGGUUCUCAUCUGAGCUCAGUGGGGAUCUUCUAUUAACAUGGUUCUCUCCUGAUUGUGAAAAAUGCGAAAGCCAAGGCGGCACGUGUGGUUUCCAUGGAAAUGCUAGUCAAGAAAUUGGAUGCUCCUACAAUUCUAAAAGAGGCAAGCCUGCCAGUAAUCUCAGAGUUUUCGGGAUCCUUAUCCUGUCAAUUGGAAUACCCGUUCUUGUAUGUGCAAGUGGGAUGGCUAUGUCUGCAUACCUUAUGCUCUGGCAUCCUCGAGGCAAUCAGGGAAAUAACACGCAGAGGAACCCCGCAACAGCAACAGUCUCACCUCAACCUACCAUCUUAGGGAUGGGUCUUGAUGAGUCCACCAUCGAAUCAUUCGACAAGCUGGUCCUGGGAGAAAGUAAGAGGCUGCCUGGUCCCAAUGGUAGCACCUGUGCUAUAUGCUUAUCGGAAUAUAACAGCAAAGAUACACUGAGAAUCAUACCAGAAUGCAAGCACUGCUUCCAUGCAGACUGCAUUGAUGAAUGGCUACGGAUGAACAAUACUUGUCCAGUUUGCCGGAAAUCACCAUCGCCUGCUCAUAAUUUCCCUUUCACAUACACUCCAUCGAUGGCGAGAACGAAAACUCAGGCUGCUCGAAAACGAAGCAGAAGCCAAAGGCAAUCCGAAGCUGCACCAUCCACGCCUAGAACGCCAACAUCAUUGAGGACAAGGUCAAAGGCAAAUGCCCAACAAGGUCCAUCCACACAGACGCAGAGGAAAAAACACCGCUUCCGUCCAGGGACAGUAGCUCUCCGGGAAAUUCGGAAGUACCAGAAGACAUGGACGUCACUCAUACCAGCUGCUAGCUUCAUUCGAUGUGUAAGAAUGAUUACCCAGGAGUUUUCCCAAGAAGUUAACCGUUGGACUGCUGAAGCUUUAGUUGCAAUUCAGGAGGCAGCUGAGGAUUUUUUGGUUCAUUUGUUUGAAGAUGGAAUGCUUUGUGCAAUUCAUGCAAAACGCAUUACAUUAAGUGAGUGA